GUAAUCGCAUGUAGAGACAAAGUAAAGAUCGUCGGAGCUGAAAAAGUAUGGGAUGCUGAUGCUUAUGCAUCGGCUAUUCUUUUCCCAUAUACAUCAACUAGUACACAUAUAAACAUGUAUAUAUGGACAGCGAGCGUAUUCCACAAAUCUGGGUUUGAAAAUCAUCCUGAUGAAGCCGACCGAGAAAACAUAGAAUCGAGGAAAAAACUCCAGAUUCAACCAUGUCCCCCAAGAACAUCUCCAUAAUCCACAUCCCCUCAGACAUAGGUUCCCUCUACCCCGGCAAAUCCCGCGCCCCAGCCGCCUUCACCGCCGCAGGCUUCCAGACAAAACUCCAGGCCGCAGGCCAUUCUAUCGUGGAAUACAAUGCCUUCUCCUCCGCUCACUUCUCGGAACCCACCCCAGUGGUAUCAGCGACGUGGAAACCCUCUAGCAGAUCUCCAAACGGAGCUCGCAACGAAGCAGAGACAGUCAAAGCCUGCCAUGCCGUGAAAAACACCGUUGCACUCGCGCUAGCCAACAGCGAGAAGCGAGGUACCAAAGAAGAUGAAAGCAAGAAGAAAAACAUGCAGUUCUUCAUAGGAGGAGAAUGUCUCUACACCCCAGCAAUCCUCUCAGCAUACUGGCACCACUUCAACCCUCCCUCCCCCUCUCCCACCACAAGCAAAACAAUGGAAAACCAAGCCAGCGAGCAGAAAAUCGGCAUCAUCUACAUGGACGCAGAUACGGACCUCUACCUCCCAAACGAACCCUCCACCCCAGGCACCCUCGCCUCAAUGACCCUCUCCCACCUCACCCUCCGCCCCGGCUCCCUCCCCUCCAUGGCCCCCUUCUCCCGCCCCAACAACACCGCAGUAGUAACCCCGCAAAUCAUCUCUCUCUUCGGCACAAACGCCACCGCCCUCGCAAACGGCCCCCCCGCCCACCUCUCCUACCUCCUCGACAACCAUUUCCGCGUCCACACUUCGUCGGCCGUGCAAGCCUCGCCUGUUGCGUGCGCGAAGGAGGCGUUGGCGUGGAUCGAGGAGAGGGUCGAUUGGAUUGUGCUGCAUUUGGAUGUCGAUGUUAUUAAUCCGGGGAGCUUUGCGUUGGCGAAUGUGCCGAAUUUUACCGGGUUGGGGUAUCGGGAGUGUUUGGAUGCUUUUGGGGUGUUUUUGCGGAGUGAGAAGGUGGUUGGGGUUAGUGUUGCGGAGGUUAAUCCGGAUCAUGAUUGCGAGGGGGAGAUGGUUGGGCGGCUUGUGGGGGAUUUGGUAGGCGCUUUGGGGGAGUGAU